AUGGCAAUGGAUGGAGUACAACUAUUGCUAAAGCGUGGUUAUCCUACUUACUACGACAUGCCUACGGCAGUUCGCAACCUCUGGUUUCCAAGAGUUCACUUGGGAAUCGGGGUUAACAAAACGGGUGGAAAAUGCAUUUCAUCAGAAAGCGGCUUGGCACUACACCAAGCGUAUCAAUGA